GUUUUUUCUUUUUGAAUUAUUUUUAUUGCGACUACGAGAUGCUCGAGACGUCGUCAUCGGGCAGGAACUAAAAUGACAGCGAUGCCGGUGCACGCAUGCGUUGACGACAUUCUUGGAUAUUGCUGAGACUUCCGGAGCCCAGCAGGCGAGUUUACGGAGCCAUGUCGUCUAUGUUUCAACGCGAUAAGACGUUUACUCAAGACUUUUACAAGCUUCGGCGUCAAUGUCUGGCGAAAGGGACACUGUUCGAAGACCCUGCGUUUCCAGCUGUGCGCAAGUCGAUUUUCUACAGCGAAGGACCGAAGCAGAAAUUGGAAUGGAAGCGUCCCGGGGAAAUCUGCAAAGAUCCGAAGAUGUUCGUCGAAGGCGCCAGUCGCUUUGACGUGACACAGGGCAUGCUGGGAGACUGUUGGUUCGUUGCAGUUUUGUCUUCGCUUGCUCAGCAUCCUCAUCUUCUCGCCCAGGUUGUUCCCGAUGACAACUCAUUUUCUGAGAAUUACGCGGGAAUCAUUCACUUUCGAUUGUGGCGUUUUGGAGAAUGGGUGGAUAUUGUUAUAGACGAUCGUUUGCCAACUUAUCACAACAGACUCAUCUUCAUCCAUUCUGCGGAAGGAAAUGAAUUCUGGAGUGCGCUCCUGGAGAAAGCAUAUGCGAAACUGCAUGGCAGUUACGAGGCACUGAAAGGAGGAAAGGCAGGUGAGGCGAUGGAAGACUUUACUGGAGGGGUAACGGAGACGUUCGAAUUGAAGGAGCCUCCCAAAAAGUUGUUCAGGAUCAUGUUGAAGGCAUUUGAGAGAUCCAGUAUGAUGAGCUGUUCUAUUGCAGCACCAAGUACAAAAGAAAUGGAAUCGAAGCUAGACAAUGGUCUCAUUAAAGGUCAUGCUUAUACAGUGACUGGAGUUGCCAAUGUUACUGUUUCUAAAAUUGGUCAAGUCCAGCUUGUACGAAUUCGCAAUCCUUGGGGCAAUGAACAUGAAUGGAAUGGAGAUUGGAGUGAUCGAUCACCACAAUGGAAUCUGAUCUCUUCUGAAGAGAAGAAAAGGCUUGGCAUCACGUUUGAUGAUGAUGGAGAGUCUUGGAUGAGUUACAAUGACUUCGUAAAGAAUUUUACAAAUCUGGAGAUUUGCAGUCUUAGUUUGGAACCAAUGGAUGAAGGAGAACCAGUGUUGAAAUUCAAUCAAUCAAUGGCACAAGGGGAAUGGGGAAAAGGCACAGCGGGUGGAUGUCGAAAUUUCCCAACGUUUGAAUCAAACCCUCAGUUUAUAAUUGAGCUUAAUGAAGCUGAUGAUGAUGAUGAAGAUGGAAAUUGUUCUGUUCUUUUGGCACUCAUGCAAAAGGGUCGUCGUGAAUUACGUCAUUUAGGAGUUUUAGAACUUUGUAUUGGAUUUUCAGUCUACAAAGUUUCUGAUGACUUUUCUGGCAAGUUGAGCAAACAAUACUUUGACUAUAAUUUAAGCACAGCAACUUCUGGCUCGUUUACCAAUCUGCGUGAAGUCCAGAAGCGUUUGGAGCUUCCACCUGGCAAAUAUGUAAUCAUUCCCUGUGCAUUCCAACCUGGGGAAGAGGCUGAGUUUUUGCUCAGAAUUUUCACUGAGAAAGCAUCGAAGAAAGAUGAACCAAAGGUGGAAGAAAACGAGACAGGUGAAAACGAUGCCAGGUAUCAACUCUUCCUUCGUUUGGCAGGAUCGGAUAAAGCGGUCGAUCCUGAAGAGUUGCAAGAAAUUUUGACUGUCGCUUUGAAGGAGGAACUGAAAGGCAAUUCGUUUCGCCUGGAGACAUGCAGGGCCAUGGUGGCUGCUCUUGACCGGGAUGACUCUGGAAAGUUGACUUUUGAUGAAUUCACUGAAGUGCAAAGUUUUGUUCGAAAAUGGAAGACCGUCUUCAGAAAAUAUGACAAACGUAGGAUGGGAAAGAUAGAAAAGUCGUCACUGAAGUCUGCUUUGAGGGAAGCUGGCUUUGAAAGUGUUGUCAACGACAGGCUGCUGGACAUUGUUGCGAGAUAUUAUUGCUCCAGCAGUGGCAUUAGCUUCGAUGACUUCUGUAAUUGCACACUUCGACUUAAGGCUAAGUUGGAUGAGUUUGACAAACACGCACAGGGCGGACGGAUUUCUCUCAGCAAGAGCGAGUUUCUCGAGAUCUGCUUGAAAUGAGGUGUCUUGAUGGUCUCAACGAGGUCUGAAGAAAUUGAAUUUGAUUUUGUUUUGCUGUUUUUCACUUGCAGCUUGUUUCAUCAAUUAGUUUUUCACACUUGCAUUAGAAUUGAAUACUGUGCCGCAUGAUGUAGGUGGUUGCUCGGAUUUUGUUGGUGUUGCGCUCAAGUCAGUACCCUGGUGGGGAUAUGUGCACUCUCGUUUGGUAGUAUGAGAUGUAGACGUCAUGUGUCUGUCAUCUUGUUUAACAAGUAUAAAUGUGGUGCCUCUUGGGCAUGAGAUUUCUACUGUCAC